AUGUCGUCCUCUUCAAUCCGCCCUCGCGCCUCGAUGUCGGCCUCAGUGACCUACGAAUGGCUGUGGUGCGACGACCACGUUAAGAUUACGCAGUGGUUCCUCACCCAGCCGCGCUUGACGUACAAGCAAUUCUACGCGUCGUUUAUCAACUUCGCUAACAGGGUAUGGGAGCUGUCUCGUCAGCAGGAACGCGCCCCUUUGGAGGGUCUGGAGAAGUUCAUCGUUGAACUACUGCAGAAGGAGCGCAUUUCUGCUGAUGGGCUGCUCACCGCUCUGCAGGAGUACUCGGCCGGUUUGGGUGAGGGUAAAGCCCGCUGGAAGGAGAAUGGAUUGGUCGCCUUCUCUGAAGGACUCAGUAAGUUAUCCAUUUUUGCAUGCCCCCUACGCCCUUCUCCACAGAAUACCCCCCACGCCCUGUUUCACAGAACGUCCCCUACCCCUGUCGUACAAGUCAGUUGCAAUUUGUACCUCUUCCGCAGGAGAAUAGCAUCAUUGUGA